AUGGAGAAGUCCAAGAGAAUGCAUCCUAACACCGGAAGCAGGGCGCCGAAAAGGCUGAAGUCGAUUGAUAGUCAAGCUCUUGAACGAACGAAUGAGGGCCUGAGAGAUUACCUCCAGAGGAAGAGACACAAUGUUGAGAUCACAUCAAAUGUCCAGCUGAAGACGCCAUUCUCGGUGGAGUUAGAUGUGUUCGAAGCACUGAAGAAAUUUAGCAUGCCAAGGUUUCAGGUUUAUGAUAGUAAGUCUAACCCAAACUUUCAUGUUAGUUUAUAUUUGAAUUCAAUGGCUUUGCGGAGUGGGAAUGAGCAGCUAUUGUGCAAAGUAUUCCCAUCGUCAUUCGGAGAAAUAACAUCAGAUUGGUUUCACAAACACUUGAAAGGAUACGUGAAGAGUUGGGCAGGCUUGGCUGAGAUGUUUGUAGCUUGUUUUGUUACAAACAAGUUACUGCCACUAAGGGUAGACUCCCUACUGACAUUGAAGAUCAGCGAUGGUGAAGGUCUUAGGGCCUAUGCCAAGAGAUACUAUGAGGUUCAUAAUUGGAUUCGAGCAUGUAACCAGGAACUCACAGUUGUGUCCUUUAAGAACGGCUUGGAUGAUGAUUGCCCACUUCGGCAAUCACUCACGAAGACACUCCCGAAGAGCAUGGAAGAAUUAAUGGCAUAA